AUGGCUAAUGUUCGAAUAUUUGCCUUUUUAUUGAUUCUAUUGAUUAUUGUCAAUUGUGUUUUAGCUCGAGAAGGAGAUUCUGAUGAUGUUCAUCAUCGUGAAAAAAGAUUAUUUUAUUGUGCUAAAGCUGGCAAAAAAUGUUCGGGUAGAUUCGGUAAAUCAUGUUGUGGUGGUUUAGUAUGUAAUAGAACAUCAGGAAAAUGUGUACGUAAAGGUUCACCAACUUCAUGGCUUGGUGAUCGAAAUGGAAAAUAA